UUUAGUGGAAUGAAACCUAUAGUCCUAACCGCGAAAAACGAAUCAGGAAAUUCUCGUUCAUAUUUAAUACAGAGACAACAAUAUGGCAACCACCAUUAAUUUCACGUAAUUAAACCUUUGAAAUGGAACCUCAUGAUAUUAGAUCGCUUAAAAAAUAUCAAACAAAGAAAAGAGAGGCUGAGAGGAGGGCUGAUGUUCAAGAUGAAGCCAACUAUUGUACUUUAGUUGCAACACUGUACGAAAAGUAUGGUCAAUAUGAGGAGGCAUUGGAAGAGUAUGAGAGGGCACUGCAGUUGUCUGAGGGGCUUGGUAAACAGAAGGACAUUGCCUUAGCCUGUCGUCUGCUCGGGGAGUGUCACUGCAAACGGGGUGACCUGGACACAGCCCUGAGGCUGCAUCAGAGAUGCCUGGACCUGGCAAUGUAA